AUGCAAUUGCUGGGGUCGAUGAAACGCCUGCAUAUGCCCGCUGCACUAACCUUCAGGCGCGCCCUGCAUACCAAGCAGUGCAGUCUACCAGCCGCCUACUACCGUGGGGGAACUUCGCGCGCGGUAUUUUUCAAGCAGGAAGAUCUUCCACGCCAUCGGAAAGACUGGGACUCAGUCUUCCGGGGCGUUAUCGGCAGUCCAGAUCCAUACGGCCGGCAGCUGGACGGGCUGGGAGGCGGAAUCUCCAGCCUCUCAAAGGUGUGCGUGGUGGGCAAGUCCACACAUCGCGACGCAGAUGUCGACUAUACUUUUGUGUCGUUAGGCAUCAAGAAUGCAGAUGUGGACUACUCCAGCAACUGCGGGAACAUGAGCAGUGCUGUUGGACCAUUCGCGGUUGAUUCGAGGCUGUUCCCCGUGGAGAGUAGUCACGGCAACGUCUCGAUUCGUAUUCACAACACCAAUACCGGGAAACUCAUUCGUUCAUCCUUCCCGGUCGUCGAUGGCGAAGCUGCCGCAGAUGGCGACUUUUCUAUUGAUGGAGUCGCUGGCACCGCGGCGCGCGUACAACUGGACUUUAUCAACCCCGCCGGCUCGGUGACGGGGAAAUUGCUUCCCACAGGAAAUGUGAUAGACACCAUCGAUGGUAUUUCCGCAACGUGCAUAGACGCUGCAAACCCCUGCGUAUUUGUUCGUGCUGAAGAUCUUGGUCUUGAGGGCAAUUUGACUCCAGACGAGAUUACCGCCUAUCCUGAUCUUCUUACACGCUUGGAUUCAAUCCGUCGCCAGGCUGGCGUCAAGAUGGGCCUUGCGCAUACACUUGCGGCCGUCACGGGGAGCAUACCCAAGAUCGCUGUAGUUGCGAGACCAUCUGCAUCUGGCCGUCGAGAUAUAGAACAGAAGCAGACUUCUACCGACGUGGACCUCCUCACUCGUGCUCUUUCUGUUGGACAGCCACAUAAGGCUGUUCCCAUCACCGUUGCCUUAGCAUUAGCUGCUGCAGCUCGAACCCCUGGAAGUACUGUUGCAGAGACUAUCGCUGGCAAAGAGCCUAUUGAUCAUGCUGGAACCACAAUUGGACAUGCCAGUGGGAACCUGCUGGUGGGCGCCGAUUUCGAAGAAAACGGCACCCUCGCCACUGCGACAGUGUUCCGUACAGCUCGCCGACUUUUCGAAGGUAGGAUCUUCUGGAAGGGCGAGAAAUUGUCAAAUCGAGCAGAUCAUUGA